AUGUCCAAGUCCUCUCCCCGUCUGGGUCGACCCGGAUCAGCGGGGUCUAAGAGCCCCGGCGUGAGGAAGGAGCUGCAGGGGAAUCGCUCAUGCAUGCUGCGUAUCGGAGAGAGGCUGAUGAGGGCAGGCAGCGAGGGGAACCUGGUCCAGAGGGUCCUCCCAGCCCAGACUUCCUCAGCGGGAUUAACCCAAGGAUCUAACAGCCGGACGCCGGCUCCAACCCUGGAGGACCAACACAGCACGGAGGACACAGGAAACACCUCCAGCACAGGUGAGACCCCCAGCAGGAAUCCAGGAGACACUUCUUCUUCUUCUAUGGUGGACAGCAGCACGGAGCGCCUGCUGCAGAAGAAGAAUCACUCCUCCUCCGGCGCUCUCUUCUGUAACCCUGCCUUCAGUUCAGCUCCGCGCUCUCCCAGUACGUUACCUCGUAGCUCCGCCUCCUCCGCCACAGGAAGUAGAGGCAGCCAAUCAGACAUCCCGAUGAAGAUGAAGGAUGUGGAGAAGAAGAAGGAGGUGUUCCUGGAUGUCCUGAGGCAGAAGUACCCUCACCAUGCUGCCAUCAUCAUGGGACACCAGCCGGGGAAUACCUGGUCCUCUGACAAUCCCCCCUCUUCAGGAGGUCUGGUCCUAGAAGAGGAGCAGGACCCCUUAGAGACCAUGUCUGAUGGAGACCUGCUCCCUCCCACAGACCCCUUCACACGGGGCUGCAAGACCAGAGCAAGUCUACCUGUGGGGAGGUCAGGAGGUCAAACAGGGGAGAGGCAGCAUGGUGUGGUGUACCUGCAGUACGGGGAGGAGACCAAGCAGAUGAGGAUGCCGGCUGAGAUCAGCAGUCAGGACUCUCUGCGUGCUCUGUUCGUCACUGCCUUCCCUCAUCAGCUCACCAUGAAGAUGCUGCAGUCUCCCAAUGUGGCCAUCUACAUCAAAGACACCAGCCGCAACUUCUACUACGAGCUGGAUGACAUCAGAAAUAUCUCGUCACACUCCUGUCUCAAAGUUUACCACAAAGACCCGGCACACGUCUUCAACCGCCACGCCAGACCUGCAGCCGCAGAGGGGAGGAUCUCAAAGGAGGUUCUGUACGGGAGCCACAGUCCGGUCCACAGUCGCUCUUCAACAGGCCGCAGUGCCCUGCACAGCCUGCAGGGCUCCAUGUCUCCCCCUAUGGUGCGCUCCAUGCCCUCCUCCCCCUCCAGGAGAGUGUACGGUGGGGGGAGUACAGGAGGGGGGGCAGGGGAUCUGGGAAGCUCAACUCUACCGCGGGAACGCCUGUCUGGGGCGGGGCUAACAAGGUCUCUGUGCACCAACAGCAGCAGCUCCAUCCUGGAGAGGAGGGACGUCAAACCAGAUGAGGAUGCUGGCAGCACUAAGUCCAUGGCUCUGGUCCUGCGGGGUGAAGGAGGUCCACAUUACCCGGACUCAUACAGCUCCUCCGUGCAGGACGGGGGAGGUCGCCUCAGCAUCUCUUCCUCCCAGUGCAGCGCGCCCCCUUCCCUCGCUUCAGACCUGCUGGGGGACUCAGGAGGAUCAGGCAUCCCGGGGACUCUGCAGCAGUACAGGGCCUCCAUCAAACCCCUAAUGGGCUACGGAGAGACCCUGGACCACAAGACCCGAUCCCUUCACAGGCAAAAGAGCAGGAAGUACGGAGACAGCCAGCUUCCUCCUCUGGGGACAAAGACCCCGCCCCCCUCCCCUCAGAGGGUCAGUGAGGUCAGACUGACUGAGGGACAGAUCAUCGGCGGGGUGGGCCUGGUGUCUGCAGACAGGAUGUCACCGAUGCGCAGGUCCCUGCGGCGGGACAGCAACGGGGCCGCGGAGAUGAGGAGCAGAGGGAACGGCUCGUCCUCCUCCACCUCCUCUGUUUUUGUGGACAGUCCUCUGGGAACACCUGAAAGGCUGUUUCAGGGUCAAGUGACUCCCAGUGCCAUCCAAAGUGAGAGGAUGAAGGCCAUGGAGGAGCAGAUAGCAAGUCUAGCAGGGCUGGUGCAUCACGCUCUGUCCAUGGGAGCAGAGAUUCCUGGAGUGAAGGAGGCACUCGGUGAGACAGCUGGACAGAGACUCCUCAUUCCAGGUGUGUCUCCUGAGCAACAAAAUCCAGCUGCUCUGAUUGACGGCCUCAAAACCCCGCCCCUGGCUCUUCGGGCCCCUCCCCCUGACAGCGAGCUGCAGCAGAGUUUGAUGUCAGCGAAGAGAAACGUGUGUGAGCUGAGAGUGCAACUCAACCAGCUCAGACACCAACAGCUGCUGAACCAGCAGAGUGUGCGCUCCAUGCUGCACACAGCGGGUCAGGAGCUGCUGCUGCUCAUGUGUGACCGUGUGAGUCGGUGUGAGGAGGCGGCGUUCAGACGGAGAGCAGAGAUGGAGGAGGAGAGGAUGCUGUACCUGAGGACGGAAGAGGCGGUCCUCACUCAGCUCAGUGAGCUGGAGGUGUAUGUGGACCACCUGCAGAGAAGCUCCGCCUCCAGCCCCGGCCAGCUGUCAAUCACUCUGAGAGACGUGGAGGAAGCAGCAGUGAACCUGCGGAGGGUGGGAGAGGCUCUGUCUGUGCUCAAAGGUGAGUUUCCAGAGCUGCAGCUGAAGCUCCGCUCCGUGCUGCGCCUGGAGGUGGACGCAGUGCGUUUCCUGAAGGAGGAGCCUCUAAAGAUGGACACCAUGUUGAGGAGGGUCCGGGGUCUGACCGAGGCCCUAAGCUCUCUGCGCAGGUGUGUGUCAGAGUCAACCAACCCGGUCAAACCAGCACAGGACAGCCUGGAUGGCUCCGCCUCCCCCAUUCUAGUCCGCAGGAUGAAAAGCACAGCAGCUUCAGGAGUCCAGCCCCAAAACCUCCACCAUCCCAGCCCCCCCCUGACCCCCACCUACGGGCGAGACUCUCCCAGCGUGGCCAAGGUGAGCCCCCGCAGCAGAGAGGGAAGCCCCGCACUGCAGAGGAGACCUGGACCUGCACUUGGACCUGGACAAGAGGGCAGCACUGACCAGUCCAGCUCAAAACUAACACACACUCUCACUGAGACUGCACACAGGCAGCCUCCAGAGGGCAGUCUUAGUAAAGAAACCAGCUCCACGAGUCAGUCCAGAACCAGAUCUGGAUCCACUCAGAGCCCCAGCACCAGCACAGACCCACCAAGGCUCCCCAGGGGGGGGCGUUCUGAGGACAGGCCCCCCGGACAGAGACCAGAGUCAGAGCAGGACACACCUGAGGACACAGCUUCAGAGCAGCAGGAAGUUCCAGCUAAUAGGCUGAGUGACAACACUGACUCCGCCCACCUUACACCUGCAGACACGGCUCCUGCAGCCUCACAGCCUCCGUCAGCUCCUUCCUCAGCUCCUUCCUCAGCUCCUCCGUCAGCUCCUCUGAGUUCGGAGCGCAGCAGUCGUCCUCAGGUGGAAAAGCCUCGGCGCUCCAGCUUAGAGAAGGAUCUGAAGCAGAGUCCAGACAGAGCGGGCCGGUCUCCUCCUCCUCCUCCCCCACGAAGGUUUCACUCUGCCAGCUCCGGGGUGAACGCAGCCAGGCCAGCAGAGGAGGAGCUUACCAGGAGAGAGCCUCUGGGAGCUCAGGAUGAAGGUGACAAAGACAAAGAGCCUCCUGUUCCUCCUCAACCCAAACCCCCUCGACAGCCCCCAGAGGUCAAACCCAAACCAGUCCUGUCUGCUCCUCCUGCUGCUGCGGCUCCUCCUGCUGCAUCAUCCUCACGCCGGGAUGAAGAGGAGGAAAUCAUGAAGGAGCUGCAGGGCGCUACAAAUCUGUCCAAUAAGAACACUAUACCUGGCAGUGAUAAAUGGACAGGGCCGUUAAAGACACCUGCAACAGCACAGGUGACCAAUCAGAGUCCUUCUGACCCCCAGGUUGCUCCUCAGCUUGGUGGGAACCACUCGCCCCCUCAGAAAGACGGAAACACUGAAGCUUUGGGGGACGGUGAGAGUCCUGAGAUGAAGAAAGAUGCAGUGGUUCAACAAGCGACAUCUUUAAAGUGUUCAAGCAUCAAGAAGGUGGAGGUACCCCCACCUGAGGUCAAAACACCAACCAAAACAAAGAGCACAAAGGUAAACUCACCUGUAGCUCCACCAGACGUCCAGUCUGCACAGAACCAAGAUAAGGUACAGACACCAACCCAAAAGAAAGCACUUAGGAAGGAGAACCUCACACCUACGGCUCUACUCCAAGACAACCUAAGCACUCGUGAGCAGGAUGAAGGACAAGUGUGCUCCCCGACCAGAGCAGAGAAGAUGGAGGUGCCCCCACCUGUAGCUUCAGCAGACGCUCAGCAUGUGGAGAAGAAAGCGGGGUUACAAACACCAACCCAACAGAAAGCAAAGACAGAGGGACUUACAGAUCCACAAGGAGACCGCAACAGUGUACCAAAGAAGGUGGGCUCCCCAACCACAGCUGAGAAAAAGGUGAAGGUAACAACUAUAGUCACGCUACAAAAAGACUCCACCCAAACAGGUGCAGAGCAGACGCAGGAGAGGGCUGUGAGGGAAGCUCCAGCUGAGAGGAAGUCCAAUCUGAUGGUGGUCGUCACUUUACAGAAAGAACACACAGCAGAGGUGGAGGAAGAGGAGGAGGAAGAGGAGAAGACGGCACCGCAAGCCCAACACGACGAGUCCCUGGAUUCACAUCAGGACUGUCCAGCAUCUCCUCCAGUCCUCAAACGUUACCCCCCUUCACCUGAUCUGACCUACACAGGGAGCACAGAGCUGCAGAGCCAGGAAGAGACUGAGCAGGGACCCAGGUACCAAUCACAGUACACCGCGGAUGGAGGCAGUCUGAGUCCUGAUGUGUGCGGCGAUGAGGGACCUCCUCCGCCGCCGCCCCCCACCGGAAAAAUCAGCCUCAGAAUCUCCAAGGCCAAAAGUAGGAUCCUGUUCAAAGAUGAAGACCAGACCAGAACCAGUGGAUCUGACACACAGACUGCAGCUGGGGGCGACACAGGUGAGGCUACCUUUCUGGAGCAUGAGAACCAAGGCUUCCAGGACAGUGAUGACUUUGAUAACAAACCUAUUAUUGUCAUCUUGGACGAGCCCAUGGACUUUCAGUCGGCCUUUAAGCGUCUGUCCACCAUCUUUGAAAGUGAGGAAGACCUGGACCGGAUUCUGUCUCAAGAAAAUCUCAUGGAUGAAGACGAGCUGCAGCAGCAGGGACAGGACACAGACAUGAGGAGCAUAAACAUCACUGACAUUAAUACAGGCCUUAAAGGCAUCACAGGAAACGGUCAGAUCUCUAUACAUCAAAACCCUCCUCAAAACCAGGACCAGGGUCAACCAGCCUCGCCCAGGAAAACAGAGACCAAAAAGAAGUUCAAAUUCAAGUUCCCCAAAAACAAACUGGCAGCCAUCAGCCAGGCCAUUCGAUCAGGGACGAAAGCAGGGAAGAAGCCUCUUGAGGUUGUGGUCUAUGAGGAAGAGGAGGAGACGGCAUCAGACAGCAGGUCGGUGAUGGAGACCAAGAAGCAGGCAAAGGACUCCAAAAGGUUCCAUAUCAACAGUGAUGAUGACACCAAAGUCCCCUUAAAGUCACCGAGCCGGGUGGAGGAGCUCUGCAAGAGUGCAUUUGACUCCAUCAACAGCCUGGAAGAGUCCAUCAAGCUGCUGGAAAUCAGUAUGGACAGUAUCACUGCCCCUUCCUCCCCCACCUCACCCGUUUCCUCCCCUCCUCAAGCUAAGCCGAAAGACAAGGUCAAACGGGAAAGGGAGAAGAGCCCGUCCAAGAGGCCUGCUUCUCAGGUCGUCAAAGGCCCAAAUCCACCUCAGAGUAAGAGGGUCAAAGCUCAGCCUGCGCCUGAGACCGGGAAGACCUCCACCAAGAAACAGACUUCCAGCUCUCCAGCUCAGCGACCCCACACAAAGUCUCGCCACUCGUCCUCCUCAGGCUCAGAGAAGACACCUAAGAACCAGCCAGCCAAUCAGAAGCAGUCCAGCCAGGCUGACAGCAGUAGAGCAGCGGGGGAUAGUACCCGUUCUGUCGUUGCUUUGCGUGCUUCUAAGAUUCCUGCGUUGUGCCAAAACUCUGGGAAACACCUGCCUUCCUCUCCUUCCUCUCCUCACUGCACAGACACCAAUGAUUGCCUCCAAAACCUCUGCUACUCCUCUUCCUCCUCCUCCUCCUCCUCCUCCUCAGCUGCUUCACCUUCAGCUCCUUCCGCCUCCUCUGGGAAAAACUCUCUUCUAUCUGCUGCUUCAAACAUCAACUCCUCCCCUCCCUCCUCCGCCCUGCGCUCCAGGCAACAGGUUCCCUCUUCCUCUUCCUCCUUGGUGAAACAAUCCUCCUCUGUUUCUCCAUCAGCCUCCCCCCCUCCAUCCUCCCUCUCACUGUCUUCCCCCCCUCCUCCUCACAAGUCUUCUAUCCCGUCUCUGACUCUGGCUCGUCUCCUCCCUUCAUCCAGCCACGUGUUGUCGCCAUCCCACGCUAACAUCGGCCCUGCCCACCACCGGCCUCGCAGCAGCAACAUCAAGGGCCAGCACCGCCUCGUCCUCACCUCCACCUCCCACAACAGCUUUUACUCUUCAUCCUCCUACUCUUCAUCUUCAUCCUCACCCUCCUCUUCAUCCACCUCCCUGUCGCCCACUUCCUCUUCCUCCUCCCCUCCCUCUCCAUCCUCCUCUCUAAACCCGUCCUUGGUGAGCCACGCGGAGAGGAGAGUCCGAGCAUCAGGAUGCAGCCCCACGUCUCCAGGCCGAGGCAGGAAACGCACAGCGUCAGCCUCGAAGGACACGCCGUGAUGUUUCGUCAACCCAGGAGAAUUUAAAGACAUCAGAAGUCACACAUGUAACGGUGUGAGAGAAAAGCUGAAUUGUACUGUGUUCCCACAGCAAUACUGCAUGAUGUUUACCUUUCUUACCUUGUAUCGUUUUGUGUUAAAGACAAAAGAAGUUCUUUUAAAGUCCAAACCGGGACAGACACCUGUAGACUCGACCAAACACUCUGAUCCGUCUCUGUGUGUCAGACUGUUUUUAUAUAUUUAUAUUUCAUUCUUUAAAUACAAAGACAACAUGUGA